AUGACAACCUCCAUAGCAUCUAUCGUACAAGCUUGUCUCCAACAACUUGAUCAUAUCAUUACCUCGCGGGGGCUUGAGAAGUUCCAGUCAGAGGUACUUCCUGGAUUGUGGCCCGAUGAGCUGGGUCGCUUGCGUGUUUGGACAGCGAAUAUUGGGGCGCACCAGACAGGCCAGGCAUCACUAGAUUAUCGAUUGCGCGACGCGUCUCAUCUGAAGGCCCAAACAUUGCGAGUCCUCGGUCGGCUUCAAAGAACUGUUCAAGAUCUCGAAUCUCUUUUACGGGGGACCUACCUUCAAGAAGGCUAUUCGAGUGACUCAGAUGACGACGACGAUGAAGGUUCAACCGAGGUUCAAAAAAUAUACUAUUCGCUGCGAGACACAAUCAAUAAUCUCUUCACUAAUUCCAUGUCGAUACUGUCACCAGCACAUCAUGAUAUAAUAAUUGGAAUCAAGAGGUCGGAUGCGGCCUCUUUUGAACCAUUUGACCGACAGCAUGUGGGAAAUAAGUUUCCCCUCUUGGAUGCUACUAUUCAAUGUCGUCUUGGUCUCGCGAUAUCACAGCGUCGGGCAACUCUACGAUACCGCGAACGCCACCACCUCAAGCUUGCACAGGGAUUGAAUCGGAUCAUCAAGGUGAAUGAUAUGGAAAAAAGCAAUUUGUGGAUGUUAUCGGAGAAAAUCGCCACGGAGGAUGUACCAAUUGAUCUUCAAUCAACUUUCUCACAGAUUUCUUACGCCAAGACAGUAAUGAAGGGCGGGAAAGGCAUGAUAGUUCCACCUCCUCCGGGAAAUUCCCUGAAAGGCGAUCCUUUUGAAUGCCCUUAUUGCUUUCUAAUUCUCAACAAUGUCGAUGACUGGCUGUCAUGGGAACAGCAUGUCUUCGAUGACCUUAUGCCGUAUAUAUGUGUUUUCGCCGAGUGCAAAACCCCUCACCGGCUUUUUGGAAGUCGUCAUGAAUGGUACACUCAUCUAAAAGCUCAGCAUGAAAUACCUGACGAUCUGGAUAUCUUGAUAGACUGUCCUCUAUGCCGCCUAUCCCUGAACUGCGGAAAGAUGCUCGAACAACACCUUGGGCAUCAUCUUGAAGAGCUUGCGCUUUUCGCUUUGCCACAGCCUAGAUCAAAUCAAAUUUCAAACUCUUACACAUCUGGAAUAUUGGAAGAAAACGCCACCCGUGGAGAACCGCAGUCAGAAGCUAUGCCGGAAACAAGAGAAACAACACACAAAAACUUCAAUAAAAAUCUCGUUCUGUCUGAGCCAUCCCAUGUUGAUCUCAAGGAGCCUCUGCAUUUCCGCGAUAUGCAAUACGAUAAAAAAUUAGCAAUUGAAAGUUUUGAGACUCAUGUUAACUACUGUCAAGUGUGCACCUCCACCCUUGAAAAAGAAGCCAACGGUCUAUCAAAGAUGGAAGCCAUUCCUCGCUCUUGGACAAAAUGA